AUGUGGCUGGAGCUGAUCUGUCCGCCUGCAGAGGCAGGCCCUUUCCCCAUCAGAGCUGAGGUGUCCCACAUGGCCCUGACCCUGCUGCUAAGCCGUGUACCUCCCUUUCCACAGGCCCAGCGAGAGGGCGUGGGCCCCGGCCCUGCUAUGCUGGUGCGCCCGAUGGCCCCCACCAUCAAGAUCUGCGACCCCCCAGCCAAGGCGCCUUCCCCACCGCCCAUCGUCGCUGUCACCCCAGCCUCGGAAGGGCAGGACGGGCCCCCUAGCCCGCUGAGUGAAGCCUCCAGUGGGUACUUUUCCCACAGUGUCUCCACUGCGACCCUGUCUGAUGCGUUGGUCCCCAGCCUGGAUGCCAUGGCCCCGGCUGGCAGCCAGAAUCCUGGCUCACCCCCUGCACCCCUCUGCCAGGCUGCCCUGGAGGCUGAGUCCCUGUUUCCACCUGUGGCUUCCUGUGCCCAGCUGCAGGGUCCCAGCAGCCACCUGUCACCACCAGUUCCCACAGAGCCAGCUGCUCAGCCUCCCAUGCCUGCCCCCCAGCUGGAGGCCCCCAUCCAGCAUCCCAGGGGUGAAGCUCUCCUGGUCCCCAGGCAGCUGGGAAGACCCCUGGCCCAGGCAAACGCAGCCCCCAGCUCAGAUCUGCCCCCGGACCUCCAGUGCCAGGCACCUGCUCCCACCUCCCCGUUCAGGAUCCGCAAGGUGCGGACGUCAGAGCUGAAGUCAUUCACCCGCAUGCUGGGCGGGGGCUCCGGCUGCUCCCCUGGUGCCCAGGGUGAGCCACUGGCCUCAGGAGGGCUGGAUGACAGGAUCCGCAAGGUGCGGACGUCAGAGCUGAAGUCAUUCACCCGCAUGCUGGGCGGGGGCUCUGGCUGCUCCCCUGGUGCCCAGG